ACAGACUGAAGUCACCACACUGUGUGAGACAGCCAAUGUUCUCUCUCCGCAUAUACUGGUUUUCUAAAUUCUUUGUCGGGGGGUAAACUCCUGAGGAGCGAAUGAAGAAACAAAUUUUGCUUUUGUUCACAUUCAGAGGACUUGUAAGCAAAGGAAAAAGGGGAAAAAAGAGAAAAUGGCCAGUUUUAUAUUACGGAAAGCUGAACCCAAGGAUGUCUCAGAUAUCUUACGACUCAUAAAGGAACUUGCUAAAUUUGAGGAGAUGGAGGAGCAGGUCAUAUUGACUGAAAAAGAUCUACUCGAAGAUGGCUUUGGAGAUCAUCCAUUUUACCACUGCCUGGUUGCUGAAGUACCAAAAGAACAGCAGAGCCCAGAAGGCUACACUGUGAUUGGAUUUGCCAUGUACUACUUCACCUACGACCCUUGGAUUGGAAAGCUGCUCUACCUUGAAGACUUCUAUGUCAUGCAGGACUAUCGUGGUCUUGGCAUUGGUUCACAGAUCCUGAAGGUUCUGAGCGAGACGGCAGUGAGGACCCGUUGUAGCAGCAUGCAUUUUAUUGUAGCAGAAAACAACACAAAGUCUAUUGAGUUCUACAAGCGCAGAGGAGCAGCUGAUCUGUCUUUUGAGGAAGGCUGGCGUCUUUUUGCGAUUGACAAGGAGGACCUGCUGAAAAUGACAUCCAAAUAGAAUUGCUUGUACUGAAUGUUGACAUUGCAAUCCUGUCCUGUGCCAUGAUUUAUUACACCCUAAGAUUACAGCAAUCAAUAUGAAAAAAAGGCUUCUGCUGAUUAGAAACAGGCAAUCACUUGCAAAUGAAUACAGCUAUUCAUGUGAUUUGUAAGAGCAAGUAUCUGUAUGAUGUUGUGUUUUUCUACUUAUAUGUACACGAUAUUAUUCUUAUUUCUGUUCAGUAUCUUUGUCUAUUUUAUAUUUUCUGGCCAAAAAGGUCAAAUAUGAUCAUGUUUCAUAUGCAUUGGGAUUUUUAUCCACAUGUCCUGUAGAUCUCCCUCUCAUUAUCUAGAUGCAUAUAUGUGUUGUUUACUUUGUUUUUAUGGCAGUAAACUGAUAACAAAUGAUUAAAUAAUGAAUUGUUUGGAUACAACUGUUAUAAAGGGCAAAGUGCCAUCAUAAAAUACAAUAAUAAACAAACAGAUUUUGUUUAGAUUUUGCAUUUAUAGUUCCCACUUUUGUGGUGUGAUUUAUCUAACAUUUUCUUAAAUCUAUAAGCAUACAUUUAACCAGUGGUAGAAAAAAGCGUUGAGACUCUAUCAAAGUUAUACAUAAUCUCAAAAGUUAUCAUGAAAUGUUUGCGGAAAAAAAUGUUUUUGUUUGAAAAGGUGUGGCAGCAUGUAACGGACACACACAAAAAAAUUUUUGUUUAUUGUUAAAAAUAAAAAAGUAAAAUGCCA